AUGACAAGACUAUCAGAUAUCAAAGGGCCGGCUAUCUUCGUCGCUCAGUAUCUCGCCGACGAUCCUCCAUUCAAUUCGUUAGAUGGGAUAUGCCAAUGGGUGUCCAAUAACGGCUACCAAGGGAUUCAACUACCCAUAGAUCCACGACUCAUCGACAUUAAACGAGCCGCCACAGACCUGGACUAUUGCAAUUCAAUUCAAGCUGUCUUUACAAACCACGGAAUUCAGUUGACAGAGCUAUCUUCCCACCUCCACGGUCAACUCAUUGCCGUGCAUCCUGCCUAUGACGCCCUUUUCGAUGGAUUUGCACCGGCACACUUGCACAAGAAUCCCAAAGCUAGACAGGAAUGGGCAACUGAAAUUGUCUGUCUGGCCGCUAAAGCGUCGAAGAACCUCAAUUUGAAAGCACAUGCUACUUUCUCCGGCGCACUUGCCUGGCCUUACUUCUACCCCUGGCCCCAACGACCUGUUGGCCUGGUAGAAAAGGCAUUCAAAGAGCUAGCUGCUCGCUGGAAACCGAUUCUUGAUGUUUUCGAUGAAUGCGGUGUUGAUCUCUGCUAUGAAAUCCACCCCGGCGAAGACCUGCAUGAUGGUAUCUCCUUCGAACGAUUCUUGGAAGCUGUGGAUCACCAUCCAAGGGCGUGCAUUCUCUACGAUCCUAGCCACUUUGUAGUCCAGUGCUUGGACUAUCUCUCUUUCAUCGACAUUUAUCACGACCGGAUCAAAGCAUUCCACGUGAAAGAUGCCGAGUUCCGACCAGAUGGCCGACAGGGUGUCUAUGGGGGCUUUUCAGACUGGACACAGCGAGCUGGAAGAUUCAGAGCCCUCGGUGAUGGUCAAGUUGAUUUCAAGGGUAUAUUUGGAAAGCUCAUGCAGUAUGGCUAUGGCGGGUGGGCCGUUCUGGAGUCGGAGUGUCCAUUUAAAGAUAAACAUGUGUGUGCUGCAGAGGGCGCUGCUAUUAUGAAGUCUUUCAUUCCAGUUCUCUCUAAAGGUUCGUUUGAUGAUUUCGCGAAAGCUCCUGUUGACCAAAAAGCCAUUGAUAAUUUGCUUGGUUUGUAG